ACAUUCCAUCAAGCACCCAGUAUUGUUUAAAGCCAGCGGCACACGAUGCUUUUUUUCUUGCUAGUUUGCUAGCUGGAUUCGCGUACUUGUUGAACUCUUGUUUUCGAUUGGUAUAUUUUUUUAGAUCCAAAAGAAUAUACCAAUCAGAGACAAAAACUCAACGAGCACGUAAAUUUAGUUAGCAAAUCAGCAGAAAAAAAAGCAUCGUGUGACGCUGGCCUUUAGUGUGACUAGUGUCUAUCUGUACCUUCUUGCUGGAAAGUUCCCAGAGACGCUUCAAAAUAAAGUUACAGAUCGCAUACAAAAAUUCUGAUUUAUCGAUAAAGAAGCAAAUGUAAUAUUUUACGCAAUGCCAUCCGACAACAAUAAGGACGAUCAACCCUUGGCAUAUGAAGAUGAUCCACGAACUUCUUGCCAAUAUGGUGCUAAAUGCUAUCAGAAAAAUCCGCAGCACCAUAGUAAAUACAAACACCCGCCAAAAAGAGAAACGAUAGAUGAAAAAACUGAGACGUUAACUACUGGAGUUAAGAGAAAAAAUCCCAUAAAAGAUCAUAAGAAUGAGAGGUCGAAAAGUCCACAGAAUAAAUUGCAGAAAACAUUCGAACCUGAAAAGAAAUUGCAUAAUCUUUCUCCGAGUCCAGAAAGAACUGGAAUCGUUAUAAAUAAGAAUGAAAAUGAUAAUAAACAUUCUAAUGAGAAGAUAUCAAAUAAAGAAAUAUUGACUAAACAUAAUUCAGUUAAUUCAGUUGAAUACAAUGCAACUGAGAGUAUAUCAGUAUCCGACAUGACUGCCCAAAAUAUUAUUAUGGAUCUGUUUCUGGUCAAAAUGCCGAAAGAUUUUUUUCAGUUCUAUGAGUUUUGUAAAAAUAUAUCGAAAGAUAAUCCUCUUUUGGCUUGUAAAUCUGUUCGCUUGAAACUUGUGGGUCCUUACGAUGUAUUGGAUGGCAAAAUAACUUCUAUAGAUGGAGAUAAAGAGAAAUACUUAACACACUGGAGAUAUUAUUAUGAUGUUCCGGAAUUUCAGACUAUUAUGAAAUGCGAUGAUAAAGAGGGAUUACAUUUUGGUUAUUGGCGAGAUGACACCAUGGAAAAACCAGUGUUUAUAGCAAAGAAUCGAGCGAAUGUGAAUGGCAUAUUUGAACCUGUCGCAGAAAAUAUAUUCGGUGCUGUUGACGCUUAUUUGCAAAAUAAAACAAAGUCAGCUAAUCCUUUCGAGAAAACCAGCAUAAUACGUUUACAUUCGCAACUGAAAAACUUUGCCAAAAAACAUAAUAUAACUUUGGAAAAAAAUAGCGUAAAUAUGCGAGCGAGAGAAAGACGAGUUGUAGCACGAACUUUUCACAAAGUAGGCAUUGUAGUUCCUUAUGAUAAAAAAACUCAAUUGGGUUACAGAGAAUUGGCAGCAACAGACAGUAAGUACGAUUAA